GGACGCGCGCUGAAAUGUGUAGCGUUUUAUUUUGUGUUGAACGGGCUGUGUAACCGGUCGUACACUCAUCCGUCGAACACAAACUUGUCGUUUUGUAGGUGUUCUCUGUUUCAAGCCGUACCUCAGGCUAACAAUUCAACGCGGGGGGGUUCAGGGCAAGUUCCAUAUUUUGGAUAUUUUGGCCAAUCACACUGAAACGUAAAGGUGAAUUUAACCAAUGACAACGCUGGAGGAGCUGAACCCGGAAGUCCACUCUUUUUCAAAGAAAAUGUGAGCUCUCUCUCCACCAUACACCGGCACGUUUGGAAGCUGAGCUGCGAUGGCCAAGUGGCUGAAAGACUACCUGAGCUUUGGCAGCAGGAAGGUGCCCCCGCAGCCGCCCACGCCAGACUACACCGAGAGCGAGAUCCUCAAGGCAUACCGACUCCAGAGGGACCUGGACUUCGAGGAUCCCUAUGAGGACUCUGAGAACAGGUCCAGGGGUGAGUCCGGGACCUCUGACCCUGCCACGCCGGUGUACGGGUCUCCCAUGAAGUCAUCCAGCGUGGAUACGAAGUCCCCUAAACACAGACUGAUCAAAGUGGACUCUCAGGAGCUGGGGCGCACCAAGAUCCUCCUCAGUGCCAUCUCUUUAGAGGACCAGCAAGAGCCUGUGGUACCUUCUGCUCCACUGGCAGGGGACACCGAUUAUUCUGACCCAUUCGAUGCUCGAUUGGACCACAGACCAGAGAUGGAUCACGGACCUGUUCCCUGUGAGAACAAUGGCUACAUGGAGCCGUAUGAGGCCCAGAGGGUCAUAACAGAGCUGCAGCGUGGCCCAGGAGGGGGACGGGUACGUGGCGGGGUGCAGCUCUACGACACCCCCUAUGAAGAUGAGAGAGGCCAACGCCUGGGUCUGGUGUAUGGAGAACCUCAGGAGGAGGGCAAGGAGAGCAGCAGGCUGCCACAAGAUGACGAGAGACCAGCCGACGAGUAUGACCAGCCCUGGGAAUGGAAAAAGGACCACAUCUCCAAAGCUUUUGCAGUGCAGUUUGAAGGUGCAGAGUGGGACCGCUCCUCGCCGCCCACGGAACGGUUGCGUCCUCCGGGGCCCAGGUCCAGCCCGCUGGCAGGAGGGGGGAUGAAGUUCCGAAUGCCGCAGGAGGGCCUUGCGAUGGUGGGGGAGAGAGUGGACCCUACCCUGCCUCUGGAGAAGCAGGUAUGGUACCACGGGUCACUGUCGCGUUCUGAGGCAGAGUCGCUGCUAACGCUGUGUAAAGAGUGUAGCUACCUGGUGAGGAACAGUCAGACCAACCGCUCCGACUACUCCCUGUCCCUACGGAGCUGCCAGGGUUUCAUGCACAUGAAGUUCACUCAGUGUAAAGACGGCAAGUACGUGCUGGGACAGAACAGCCCUCCCUUUGACACCAUCCCAGAGGUGAUACACUUCUACACCACACACAAACUCCCGAUCCGAGGUGCCGAGCACCUGUCCCUGCUGUUCCCUGUGCUGGUGCAGACUCUCUGACUGAUGGUGGACGCUCCUCCUGGACCACCAGGGAUUUCAUUGUGUUCAGACACUUAAAACUUGAAUGUUUUAAUGGGAUCUUUCCCAGCGGAGUGCCAGUGUUCUCCUCUUGUUGGACUGGACUACUUUUGAUGAUUCAACACACCACGGGGCCAAUGCCCUCACCCACCACUGCUCUUGUACCUGUGCCAAGUGUCUCUAACAUCCGGGGGAUCGAUUCACAUGAAAUGCAAUACCUGAACUUUAGGCCACCUUUGCUGUAACUCCUCUCUCUCUCUCUCUCUCUCUCUCAUCUCCUUGCUGAACUAAGGGGGUUAACUGUCAGGACACCUGAAAUUCUCCUUCUCUUUAACAUAUUUCACUCACAGCUGCCGUAAAUGUAAAGUUAGUAAAGCUGUAGCUGGGAGAAAGUCUGUACAUUCUGAACCUGGUUCCAGUUUACAGGAGACCUGCAGAAUAUUGAGAUUAACUUACUGUUGUUCCACAAAAAAACACCUCAUCAACACUGAUAAAAUAUUGCUGUUGUCGGGUGAAAACCUUGCAAGAUAUAUUUUGCUGAUUUUUCAUGUUUAUACCAGAAUCAGUAAAUUGAAUUGCACUGUAUAGGGUGAGAAACCUUUGUCAUCCUCGGGCUCAGAAAACCCUUUUGUAAUUGUCCCAGCUAUUUUUGAAGAUAAAAGGUUUUUACCAACAGCAGUGAUAUUUCAAAUGCUUUUCUACACGCCACACCUGUCCAUUUUCAUCUGUUCUGUGGCGUCAUGCUGCUAUAUGUUGAGGAUUUGCUUGACACAUCUCCAUGUUACCUGUUGAUUGUUCAUUGUGAGCAACAGAGAAGCUGUGUUGUGUUGGUACUUGUGUUGACCUUGCUGACCUGUAGCUCUUGUUGAUUGCCUAUGUUGCAUCCGGUAGACAAUGCUGGGUUUGUUUUAAAAAAAAAAACAAAAAAAACAAAAAGCAACCUGUCACUGCUGUCAUUGUCUUCUCACUGAUUUAAAGAUUAGUUUGGAAGCUGAGCUGGACACUCUCAGACAAACUCUCAAACUUUGUGAAUGUUGGCCACGUUCUCACACUUCCUACAUGUUUGAUCACAGAUUUUUUCGACUGGCCAAGUUCUUACAUGCUGGUUGGUGAGUUGUGUUUGAGUUAAAUACUUGCCAUCUGGAAUGGGUCUCCAUGUCUGCUGCCUGGUUGCAGUGUUGUGUGGCAAAAACUGAUUUUAGACUAGAGCCAAUUUCUUCCAAACACAUUGGAAAUGACAAAUAGGAAAAACAAUAUUUAAAUCAUUGUUUCUCAAUCCAAAAGUCUAUGUUGCCUGAAUUGCAAUUAUUAUUAUUGUUAUAGCCAUGUUCGUCAUUAGUAAAAGACAACAGGUUGCAUAAUUUA